AUGACCCAGCCUCCUUCCAAACCACUUUUCUACGAAACCUCUAAAUGUGUCGCUCUUUAUUUGAGCCCUAUUAUUAGGAUUCAACUUUAUCUCCGUUGCCCCACUUUCCAAACCAUCCAUAGAGCACAGAACUUUCGAGUUGCCAACCUCAAAAUACGACCUGAAGACUUUGAAAUUGAUGGGACACUCUUUCAAUUUGGCAUCCUUCGUCAUUACUUAUUCGGGAAUGUUCCGGAAUAUACGACUUUGAAAAAUGCAUCAGGUGGAGAUCGACAUGAUAUCGAUAGAUAUGGUCUACCGAUUCAACCGGUUCAAGAUCAAUUUGGGCAACAAUUUCCAACUGAUGCUCAAUACAUAGAACAAUUGGAACAACACGCGUUUCGGAUGGAAAGGGAUGGGCCGAUAGCAUCUAACCGCCGUGAACUUACAGAAGAUGAUGUUAAAUUGCAUAGACUGGAAAUUGAGGAAAAACGCUUGAGAGUCCGAUCCUAUGAACUCAGAAUGAGAAAUCAGAAGCCACCAUUUCAUCAUUUUGUCGAAUUAGCUAUAAGUUCUAGAGACGAGAAGAAGUGCGAGUAUGUAACAUAUGAAAAGACUCUCCAGGAAAUCAAGGACUACAUCUUACUUAAGAUAUUCGGAAUCGACGCCAAAAUUCUUUUUGGAAACUUGCAAAUCGGCAAGGAUGACUCGGCAAGGAUGACUCAAAGCUUAACAUGGAUUAUACAAAAUCCACAGCCAAUCAUCCAAAUUAAUCCCGUGGUGCAAGCUCAAUUGGCUUCACAGAAUUUUCCUCUGCCAGGCCCUGUACCACCGGUAUUCCAACUGCGACCACAGGUAGCGGAUGUGGAGCCUCUGCUUAAACUUCGAGCUGAAUCUGUAGAACUACAUCGGUUGAAUGUGACAGGGAACCUUGAAAACACUCUUGCUAGUCUCAAACCAAUUCUGUGUGAGAUUCCAUUAAAGGAAUUGAAAGUUUCCGCGCAACCGUUUCCGGAUGAUCCAGUUGUAAGAACCGCUCAAUUUCUCAGCAUCGUUGGUUCUCCACGAGUUACCGAAAUCCAACAUCUCCAGAACUCUCGAGUUCAUUUUGAUCAGUUGGUGGAUGAUGAGCAGGAAUUUCACGCUUUUGUGAGAAUGAUGGAGGAGGCUGAAACCAUGAGAUACUACUCUUUCGGAUUCAGUGAAUUGGAGGAUGUUAAGAAGUCGUUGGAACGAUUCAGAAGUUUCCCCGGAGCAGAGCACGAAGAUUUCACGGAGAUCAGCGUUCCGAAGCGUAUUACUAUCCCACUGAACAACCAGAAGGAACUGAACAUCUACGUGGAGGAGACAAGCAUAGAGGACACAAAAUAUUGUGACAAGCCGUUGAUUGUCAAGAUUAAAGUUUAA